UUCAUUAAUGAUGACCUCCUACCUAUGGAAGAUGCUCGCUCAUUCUGCAAGAAGAAUCAUGCAGAUCUUGUUGUCAUUUCUGGUCAAACAGAGAGGAAAUUUUUAUGGAAACAGAUAUCUAGGAAGUCAGAGAAUCAAUACUACAUUGGGAUGAUGGUGGAAUUGGACAAAUCAUUUAGCUGGGUGGAUGGUUCACCCAUUGUAUAUACGUCAUGGGAUCAAAAUGAACCAAAUUUUGCCAACAAUGAUGAGAACUGUGUGACCAUUUACAAGAGUAUGGGAUUCUGGAAUGAUAUUAACUGUGGUGUGGCAUUGCCCUCUAUCUGUGAAAGAAGUUCUGACUUUGUCAAUGUCACCAUGUCCCCUUCCACUGUGCAACCAGGAGGCUGUACUCCCGAAUGGACCAUGUUUCGAGGCAAAUGUUACAAGCUUUUUAAUAAUAAGAUGACAUGGCACAAUGCUCGGGACCACUGCAUUUUGCAUGGAGGCAACCUGGUGUCCAUUCUGAGUCAUGAAGAGCAAGCAUUCCUUACUACUCUAAUGCUUGGUUCAGAUGAUGAUGUAUGGACUGGAUUGAAUGAUGUCAAUUGGGAGAUGAGAUUUUUGUGGACCGAUGGUAAAGGUGUCACCUACAUAAACUGGGCCAAGGGUCACCCUUCAUCACACCCAGAUGGGCCUUCCAAGAUGUAUGGCUACUUUGAAUCAGAGAUUUUUGACUGUGUUGUCAUGGUUAGAAGCCCAGAAAAGAUGACAGGUGUGUGGAAAGUUAAAAUCUGUGGAGAUCAAAGAGGUUUCAUCUGCAAAAGGAAAACAGACUCUCAGCUUGCUCGUCCUGUGACAACAGCAUUGCCACAACAUUUCUUCACAAUGGCAAAUGAUUCAUACAAGGUUCAAAUGGAGAAAAUGAGCUGGGAUGAAGCUAGGAGACAGUGUAAAGCAGAUGAUGCUGACCUUGCCAGUGUGCUUGAUUCCAUCAGCCAGGCUUACACCAUCCUUAGAGUCAGCAAACUUAAGGAGCCUCUGUGGAUCGGUCUCAAUAGCAACCUGACAAGUGGUCGGUACCGCUGGGUGGACAACUGGCUUCUAAGCUACAGUAAAUGGGCAACAGGAGAGCCCAAAAAUAAUUUAGCUUGUGUAUAUAUUGACACGGAUGGUGACUGGAAAACUACUGCAUGCAGCAACAAGUAUUAUUCCCUGUGCAAGCGAUCCACAGACAUUGCUCCCACAGAUCCACCUCAGAUGCCAGGGAACUGCCCUGAUUCAAAGAAGCAUAAAACCUGGAUCCCUUUUAGAGGACACUGUUAUGCCUUCAUGGCCUCUAGGUCUGACAACUGGGCUCAUGCCACAGUGGAAUGCAUGAGAAUGGGAGCAUCACUGGUGAGUAUCGAAGACCCAAUAGAAUCCAUGUUUAUUAGUCGGAAUACUGAGAUCAUGCAGGAUGGAAUCAAAUCAUUCUGGAUUGGCAUGCACCGCAGUCAUAUGGGAGAAUGGAUGUGGAUUGAUAAUAUGGUGGUAGAUUACACAAACUGGAAACCCCAGAUGCCCGGUGAUUUUGGUAGCUGUGUGGAAGUCCAGUCAAACACUGGUAUGUGGAGUACCACAAACUGCAAUUCUUACAAGCCUUAUAUUUGCAAGACUGCAAAAGUUAUACCACCAACAGAGAAACCAUCAAUACCACUCAUUGCGGUGGAAGAGGCCCCUCAUGGCUCUGCUGGUAUCGCAGUAGGGGUUGUCUUGGUCAUCAUUGCUAUGGCAGGGCUUGCCACAUUUUUGUUUUUUAAGAAAAUCCCUAGGCCUGUGAUUGGAGAAUGUACGUUUGACAACAGACUCUACAUAAAUUCUGACCUGAUACGGUCUCCUGCCACAAUUGAUACAAAGGGACUUGUUGCAAAUAUUGAACAGAAUGAGCAUGCCUAACACAAACAUACACACUUUCACAUACAGAUACAAAUUGACAUGCAUACACACCCCUCACUAUGACAGUAAAGGAAAUGACCCUAUUAAAGCCCCUCCAAAUGUAAGUUUUAAACUUGAGCAUACAGUACUUUAUAAAUCUGGGGAGGGCUUAUAAAAUACAUGUGUAUCAUUUAAGCCCACAUUUGUUCCAGAUGAGCCAACCGUGUGUUUAUGUGUGAAUGCUCUUUAUUUUAUAAAAACAUUUUUGAUCUGUCAUUCAAACUAAUUAAAGAGCUUAUGAUAGUAGACAAACGUGGAUUACACUUUUAGAUACAGUUAAAGAAGUCUGUACAGUCUAACCCUUUUUGUAAAUGGAUGUUUCCUCAAUUAUAUAAAAGUUCCUGUAACCUAUUCUUGUUUUAUAAACAUCUGCAAUCUUUAUUUUCUCUCUCCUUUCUUUGAAUAAACAUGUAU